UGUAAACAUAUAGAUGUACCAGACAUGAUUCACCAUUAUUAUUGGAGAGGUCUCUGUUGAUGUCUAUCAUUGAAAGAUAAGUAAGGUUGUUAUUAGCAAAAUAUUAUUGAAUUUAACAACAUAUUUAAUAAUUUUCACCUCAAGUGUUUUAAAUUUAAAUUUAGUAUCCCAUGGAUAAACAACGAAUCAUUAUCAAUUGUCCUUAGAAUUGUAAUUUCAAAAAUUGUGCCAUCUUAAAAUAAAAACAUAGUCUCUCUCUAUCUUUUUGUGUUAUGUGUAAUACAUAUUGUGUAUGCUUAAUCUGUCCAUGUUUCAUUCGGUCUUGACAGCAUGUUUUUUUAGUCAAAAUUAAUCGUAUCCAUCUUUGAUCAUUAUAAUAAUAAGUGAUGUGACGCAGUAACCAGCAUUCAAAUCAAGAUUUGAAUAAAUUUAUUGAUUCCAAGAUUUUGCAUUAUCGUCUCAGCUGACAGGCCAGCUGAUUGAUCUGUUUGUCAGAUUGUGAUGAUGAAAACUGAUUCAACCACAGAUUCAAAGCAGCAACAAAUAGAGAUUGGUCUGAGACGGACUUUGGCUCGGGCUCGUUGGCAUAUUUUAGCUAAAGUGUUUUAUGAAGGCUUAGAGGCUGCCGCUCCAUACGAUGGCUCUGUACGCUUAUUCAAUGGCUUUCCCUUGAUAACUCUGGCGGCCAUUGAGAAAGAAUCUGAUCAAUCUAAUGGAAACGAGUCAAAUGUUUGGUAUAAAGUUAAAUGUCAAGGUAGUGAUGAGGUUAACCUUGAAAUAAGACUACCUGCUGGUAAAAUACCUUUUGCCGAGAUUCUUGUUUCUCGUGAUUCAACCGGUGCUAUUUGUAUUUGGCCUUCUGAGAAAAUUUUGGGUCAUUGGUGUCUUCAAAAUAAACCACUAUUCAAUGGGAAGAUUGUAUUGGAGCUUGGUUCGGGUUUGACCGGUUUAAGUGGUCUAAUUGUUGCAUCAACUUGUAAUCCAGCGCAAUUAUUUCUUACCGAUGGUAAUCCUGAUUGCAUCGACAACUUGAAUUUGAUUCUAGCCAGAAAUAGAUCUCGAUUUAUAUCCAAAGACAUUCCAAUCGAAGCUCGUCAGUUGACUUGGGGCCAGCAUGAAGAUUAUCAAAAUCUUAUUGGAUCCAUUGAUGUUAUUCUCAUUUCUGAUUGCUUAUAUCUAGAAAAUUGUCACAUAAAUCUGGAACAAACCAUUUGGUCCUUAUUGAAGGUAAACGGGAAAUGCUAUAUUAUAGCUCCAAGUAGGAAUCAAUCUUUCGAAAAAUUUGCCAACCUUACCGGUAAAAGAUUUAUAGUUCAACACGAAGAAAAUUACGAUCCAAUCAUCUGGUCAAUGCAUACAACUUAUCUAGAUGAAAGAGAUAGAUAUCAGUAUUCACCCGAUCGACAUUAUCCAUUACUGAUGAUUCUGACCAAGCCACGUUAUUAAACACAUUACUUAUUUGAUCAUGGUCAAUCAUUCUUAUUCAAUCGACGUUGACAAGGAAAGAUCAUAUUUAAUGAACUUGGAACAAAAGAAUCAAUACAUCAAGUUAUAUACAAUCAUUGGAAAUAUUAAUACAUAUGCCAUGCUAUUUUUAACAUGGAAUAUGUAGCAAAAUUGUUGAAAAUUUAUUUAUAGCCAUUAAUAUAUCAAAAUGGGUAACGUCCCAGUUUUGGCCUGUUGAAUUUUGUCGUUUUGACAAUCAAAUGUCAUCUUCUCGCUAUUCAAGUGCUUAAUUUGGUCGCAAAAACAGCGUUAAACCGACAUAACUAUGUGUACAUAUACCGUUUAAACUUUGUU